AUGUCUUCGUUUCGACUUUUCGCUGUUCUUCUUACUCUAGUUGGUCUUACCACUGCCAUAAAAUGCUAUUUAGGUAUCCCUGACGCUCAAGGAAAGGUACAAAACACUACGGAAUGUGCCGAAAAAUACUGCGUUAUAUUACACCCUAAACCAGGUAUUCCCGUGCCAGCUAUGCAUAGAUGUGAUAUUUAUAACGAAUGCAAGAAAGAUGGCUGCAUUGAAGAAGACCAAGGUGACGUUACGCCACGAUUGUUUUCUCCAAGCUCUUGUUUUGAAAUCCCGAUUCGAACACAUACACCAAUGGUGCGCCUAAAGAAAAGUAAACAUGCUCCUUUGUGUCGGAAGAUUCGAAAAAAAAUCAGCAACCUAAUUGUCAGCGGAAUCUGA